AUGGACAUCUUCAAUACAGUUGUCUCGGCCAUCGAUCUGGCCCAGCGGGUGCAGAAGCUGAUAGAUGACCAUCGCAAAGCUCCUGAGCGCUUGUGCGCCUUGCAGUUCGAAAUCACAUCUCUCCAGUCCAUCCUCGAGAAGGUCAAGGUGACCAAAUCGCUGGACACCGAUUCCUUACUGAAGAGCGAGAUUGUGGAGAUCGAAAGUAUCCUGCAGAAACUUCUCGCGGGCAUUCUCAAGCUAAGCAGGACCAAUGCCAGCGGAGGGAUACUGUGGCGCCACAUGAGAAAUCUUCGCACACAGAAGGGAUAUGGUGAACUCGACGAGCUGACGAGGGAGCUGCAGAAGCGAGAGAUGUCUCUGAAUUUGAGCAUGGUGGUCUACAUUGGGGCCAAUGUCCAGCCUCGAGCGAUAUACGAAUCUACCGAGUAUAUACAAUGGCACGAGAUGAAGCCAAUCGCCAGCCUGCACAUGGUGGAUAUACCGAUCUCUAUCCUCAGGGGCUUUAUCGCACAACUGGUCAUCGAUGGCGACGGUCUGUUCGAAGAAGCCAUAACUGACGUUGAGGUACUCCGAAUCCAGCGUUCCCCAGACAUGCCCAGUUUAUCGUUUGAGACGCUGUGGGCUAUUUUCACCUCCCUUAUUCGACAUGCCCGCUUCUCCCAGCUAUACUGUGCCAUAGAUGCCCUGGACGAAUGCGACCCUACCGAACUGGCAGGGCUUCUGACAAAAUUGCUUAACUUGGCAACGAACUGA